AUGUAUAAAUCCCCCAUCACCACGUUGGUGCAAAACCCGCAGCUGCGUCUUCUCAAUGCUUUGCGAGCUGGGUCAAAGCCCAUCAUGACCUUUUUGGGGCUGCCUUCUUUCCGCGCAGCCCAAAUGGUAGCACAGACAGGACUCGAUGGAAUUAUCAUUGACUGCGAGCAUGGCAAUAUCAGUGAUGAUUCCAUGCACAGUUCCACGGCCGCCAUCGCUGGGAUGGGUGUUUCACCACUUGUUCGCAUCCGAAUGACCCACGCAGAUUUGAUAAAGAGAGCUUUGGAUGCUGGUGCACAUGGUAUUGUUGUGCCUCAAAUCAACACGGCCGAGGAAGCCAGGGCUGUCGUCUCUCAUUCCAAGUUCCCUCCUCAAGGAAUUCGCGGGCAAGGCUCGGCUUUCCCAGGUAUUGCUCACGGCACUGAUAUCGCGACGUAUGUGAAAUCGGCGAAUGAGACGAUUAUCACUUGUCUCCAGAUUGAAUCGAAAGCCGGAGUUGAGAAUGUUGAUUCCAUCUGCGCUGUACCUGGCAUUGAUAUGGUUUUCAUCGGGCCCAACGACCUGGCUUUGUCGAUCCUGGGCUAUGUUCCUGCGAGGGAAGAUGAGCCUGAAUUUGUCGAUGCAAUUGAGAAGAUUGUCACGGCAGCUAGACGGCAUGGCAAGUGGGUUGGCCGAUUAUCAAAUAAUGGUGCGCUGUGUAGGGAGCAUCUGAAAGUGUUUGAUACCGUGGCCUUGAGUUAUGAUCUUCGGGCAAUCCAGAACUGGUACACGGCGGAAUUGCAGGCUGCGCGGAACUGA